CUUACUGCACGGAGGGCCUCGUCUCUGCAGGGAUGCGACAAGAAAAGGAAGAUGUCAAACAUCGUGAGUAUUCACUGAUUUAUGAAACCAAGCUGGAGAGAGAUCAAGAUGGUAACUUUAUUGGGUACGACACAAAGCUAUUUAAGAUUAACAGGAUGGAAGAAAUCAAUACACAGUACAGCAGUACCAAACUAGGCAAAGUGGCUUUUUUUCAGUGUUUGGAAAAGGUGGAGAGGGUGAGAAGCUUUUGGGAAGAAAGAAUCAGUGAACCAGAGCCUGGCACAGAAGAUAAAGAGGUAACCAACUACAGAGAUAUUACACUCCCUCCUCUGCUUCCCACAUAUGUAUAG